AGAAAGUGAGCUCACGUUCACACAUUGGUGAAGAGGCUGGUCUUGCAAUGCCUUUGAAUAUUUUACUUUUAGGCAGUUCCUCAUCAGUCAGCCACACACAUCCGAGGCGAGCUGAAGCUAACUACAGCCAUGGACAGCACUAGGAGAUCUCAAAUCUAAUCGCACGCAUCAUUCCUCCAGGAUAUUUUUUAAAUUCCAUAUCUAAACACGCUGACAGGCAGCUGCACUCACACUCUCUCACACACACAUCCACAUCCACACGUCGCAGAGCCGCCGAGCAAACACCUUGUCUCCUCUCGCAGGAUAUACCCGCUCACACACAUCUCUCUUUAUCUCCUCCUGGCUUCCUGGAGGAUCCUGCCGGCUGUUUUUCAUGGAGAAAGUCCAGGGAGAAAUGGAGAUUGAGAGAUGGGAAAGAAGUGAAGAGAUUUCAGACGCAGAAAAAAAGGUUAUUCAAGAGAUAUGGAGCAGAGUAUAUGCAAACUGCGAGGACGUUGGGGUCUCCAUACUCAUCAGGUUUUUUGUGAAUUUCCCCUCGGCCAAGCAGUACUUCAGCCAGUUCAAGCACAUGGAGGACCCUCUGGAGAUGGAGAGGAGCUUGCAGCUGCGCAAGCACGCUCGGAGGGUCAUGGGGGCCAUCAACACCGUGGUGGAGAACCUCAACGACUCUGAGAAAGUCUCCUCCGUCCUGGCCCUGGUGGGCAAGGCCCACGCCCUCAAGCACAAAGUGGAGCCCAUCUACUUUAAGAAACUGACUGGAGUCAUGCUGGAGGUCAUUGCUGAGGAAUACCCCAACGACUUCACCCCCGAGGCACACGGAGCCUGGACCAAGAUGAAGACCCUGAUCUACACCCAUGUGACAGCAGCCUACAAGGAGGUGGGCUGGGCUCAGUACCCCACUGCCACCCUGUGAGUGCCCAGGGG